AUGGACGACGCAAUUGAAAUACAGGAGUCAUUUUCAGAACCCACCAGCCCAAUUACAAGUCCCAACGCACCAGGUCCUUUCCUGAGUCUCCCAAACACACCCGAACGAAAAGGUUCUGGAAUUUGGGCAUUCCACAACCCAGGGCAACCAGACUUUAUGAUCUGGGAAGAUCCACAACGUCGCCUGUCUCCGCUCAGACACGCCCCCAUGUCGUUUCUUGAUGUCGAAGAAGAUAAAGAGAACACCUACGCCACCGUCUCAGACUACGACACUUCGGAUGGCGAAGAGUCCGCGAGAAACCACCUUGACUGGACACAAGCAGAUUUGAGCCCACGCGAUGUCUUUGGCCUGCCCGUCGGCUCUCACUUCGGCCCUCUACUGGCCGAUAUUCCAGGAGGUCGGCGUGCAGGCCAUAUUUUCAGCCGUGAUACUAUCCGCCAUGAUAUCUUCAGCCAUUCAGCUCCUACUCCCACCGUGACGAAUGUUCGACCGAAUAUGCGAGCGGUGAUGCGUGAUGAAGAUGUCGAUGAGGAGUUGGAUGAUUCCCUGUUCAUGACACAGAUCCAAGAACUACAGGAGCUGGGAGAUGUCUAUGCACGGGGUGUUGAGCAACGGGCCUAUGAUGACCGUCACUUGCCCAUGCGCGAUGCAAAUGUCCAAGGGCAGGCUAAUGUCUUUCUGGAGGCACGGCGUGUUACUGAGUAUCAGCGGCAUCAGGACCGCCGUCGCUAUGAAAUGGAGGAGGAUUAG